CUAAGGUGGCGGCCGCAGCAGGUCCUACAUCUGGGCUAGUGACUGUUUCCUCGUGCCACCACAGCUCUAAGAAAAACAAUGCCUUUGGUUAGCCUGCUUGGCCAACUGAGGCACUGUGCUGUGAGGACAGCCUUUCCUGCACCCUGCCACCUCCACACAUCCUCUUGGACAGCUGACAGCAGCAGAGCUUCACUUACUCGACUGCGCCGCCAGGCCUAUGCUCGCCUCUACCCUGUGUUGUUGGUCAAGCAGGAUGGUUCCACUAUCCGAUACCGGGAGCCACGACGAAUGCUAGCGAUGCCCCUAGACCUAGAUGCCCUAUCUCCAGAAGAGCGCCGGGCCCGGCUCCGGAAACGUGAGGCUCAGCUUCUGCAGAAGAGGGAGGAAGAGCCAGAGAUGAUUGACAGUUUUGACAUGGAACGAUACAAACAGUUUUGGACCAAGACCAAGAAGUAACUAUGUCAGGGAGUCACACAAAAGACAUUUUGUAAGGAUGGAGAGGCAUCUGUCUGUAAACUAUACAUUUUUGAAACUAUA